AUGUCGUGGAUGAAAGGAGAUCUACUUUCGAAAACCAGGAGGCUUGCUGGUGGCUUAGCUACGCGAGAACCUGUUUGGCUUAAAGCCAUGGAAGCAUCACCUCCUCCUGUGUUUCCUCGCUCUAAUGGUAAAAUCCAGAGGAUUGUUCUCCCUGAGGAUUCCUAUGUUCGUAAAUUCGCCCGUAAGCAUCCUCAAGCAAAACUUGACGACCCCAUCAAGGCUUCGGCGUUUAUUCCUGAUCCAGCACGUGUUUAUGGUUGUCGCAUCCUCCAGCUGACUGAGAAUGGCAUCAGCGAGGACGACGCCAUGUCUGUAGCCCAUAUGGAAUAUCUUUCGGAGAGGAAGGAGAAGAAGAAAGCAUACAAACGCCUCAAGGAGCUUGCGAAACUGCAAGAUAAGGAUCCUCCUCCUAAACCGUACGCUAGUGCCAAAAAGGAUUUACAAAUCCAAGAGACCAAACCCAAGACUGUCGAGACUCCUAGCGUCCGCAGGCUGGUUAAUCAAUUGAAACAGCAGAAAGAUGUGUUGCUCAUGGACAAAACCGGAGCAAGUGCAAACCAAGAUCACUGGAUCGACGAAUAA